GCCACCACCACCACCACCACCACGAUCACCACCAGCAACCGUAAUACCAGUUUCGCCCUCUCUCACCAGCCGGCGAAUAUCAUUCACUCUUUACGCCAUCGCCUCUCGUUCUAUCCGUCCGCUCGCCGCCUGUCCGACCGCAUUCGUUCACUCCAUACCAUCCAUCCCCCGCCACUAACUGUCUGCGCCUCGCCCGUUACAAUACAACUGCAUCGCCUUUCCACUGCUUGCCACAAUUCAGCCUCUUACCGUGCCAAACAUACUCCGGAAGCAAAAGCCCUGCCAUUGUUAUCAGGACACUACACGCCAUCCAAUCUUGUAUCCUCGCUCGUUCGCAUCACUUCAAGACCGCCCGAGCGACCCUUGUCUGGAACCGUUCGUGUUAUCACCCAUGCAGGGCAUCCUACUGACUAUACCAUUACCAUACUCUGCAACAUAAUAUAAUGGCGAAACGACCGGAUUAUAUCGACCUUCGCGCUCAUUCGUACGACUCUACACGUUCAAACUAUGACCUACCCUCCCCGCGAACUGGCGAGAUACCUCCGGCGCUUUCACCGUUGGAUGCAUUUGCACUCCAGAGUCGUAUGCUGGCAAGACAUUUCGAGCAACCAAACAAGAAUGGCAGACGUCUCAGUAGGCUACCGCCCAACACCGUUGAAAGUCAGUUCGGCCGAUCGCGGCCGUUUCUCACCCGCACCAUAACCGAGACAGCUGCAGACGAAUACGAGCCAGACACGAGCGCAGAACAAAUCAUAACCCCGGAGAAAGUUGAGAAUAGACAUAAGUCGUUCUAUCCAGUCAUCCAAUCGGACGAUGCUCUUCUUCAGCCAACAAAACAGUCAUCGCACUUCAAAAAUGAGCUUUCUCCGGUUGGAGAGGGAUACUCACCUACCCAGGGAUCGGAGUCGCAAAUCGACUACUUCCAGAUCCCACGAGCGCUGUCGCCAGACUUUCUAGACGGCAAGCCUGCGAAUGAAUCUCGAGAUGUCACUCCCAAUCAACGGGACCACUCCUAUCCACCCCGAGACAAGCCGAGGAAACUGACUGUCAGCUCGAUCGCAUCGGGCGGCUCAGGCAAUUCUGGGCGGUACAGCCCGAGUCCUCAUCUGCUGCCACUACCCCAAGCAUCUCCAGGAAUACCAAAAUCACCGAGGAGUAUACGUUCGGUGCCUGUGGAGCCAACAGAUGAUUUUGACGGCUUAUCGCUAGGGGGCUCCUACGACUCUCUUCCAACGCAGCACAUGUCAUCAAAUUCUAGUUUUUCCAACAGAGCCCCGUCACCGUUCUCUCCCAUGAUUGGGUCUUCAAUUCCCAGAUCACCCUCAGUUUCGUCGGAAUAUUCUGUCGGGGGCUCCAGACUGGGUAGACCCUCGUUCAACUUCUCGAGGCCACUCAGUGCGCGUCCAUCAUUUGACGCAAGAACGCCUAUUGAGCCUCCUCCACGACACACGUUGGAGCAUGGUCACGAAUCAAGACCUUCACUCGAAGUGCCAAUCCGGCAAGGUUCCGGAGACAGCUCACAACACAACUAUCCUCUCCACGAAGUACACACGCCUGUCAGCAUGACCAGUGAUGAGUACCACUCUGCCAGAGAAGACGACCCGCAUGGCACAGCGGGAUCAUACAUCUAUUCGAAAUACAGUUUGCCGCGAGGCCGGGCCUUGCAGCGCGAGUCCAUUGGUCCAGCAGAGUUUAUGAACAAAAUAUGGGAAAAUCCAUCGAACCGGACGAGCGUCACAGGAGCCACCAGUGCUCGACCGCAUUCGCCACCAUCGCCACCGCGGACUGGGAACAGCAUGCCAGAGCAGAAGGACAGUCUGAAUACGGUGCCCAUCUCGACGCGCGGUGCCUCGUUCGACGAGCAAGUUCUCGCACGGCCCAGCCAGCACGUCUCCAAUCCGUCUGCGCCAUCCAUCGCCUCGAGUAAUAGCACCAUCAAGGCAAGUGCGACGGCAAGCCCAAGCACCGCGUCCAAGCCCAUGUCCGACUGGACGGCCGAAGAACACCUUGAGAAGGGCAUUGAAUGCCACGAAUCCGGCUCACUCCAGAAAUCCACGUACCAUUUACGGUUCGCUGCGCGCGGCGGGCAUCCGACCGGCAUGCUCCUCUACGCACUCGCCUGUCGGCACGGCUGGGGCAUGCGGCCGAACCAGGCAGAAGGCGUGAAAUGGCUCAAGCAAGCCGUCGACCUGGCGCAAUCCGAGGUGGCCGAAGACGAAAACUCGACCAAGCAGGGCAAGCCGCACGACCGCAUCUCGAGCAAGACACACAAGGCGCAGUUCGCGCUCGGCAUCUACGAGCUUGGAGUCAGCUACAUGAAUGGCUGGGGCAUCAACCAGGACAAGAAGAUGGCGCUGCGAUGCUUUGAGAUUGCGGGCAACUGGGGCGAUGCGGACGCCCUGGCCGAGGCCGGGUACUGUUACACUGAGGGCAUCGGCGCGAAGAAGGAUAUGAAGAAGGCGGCAAAGUUCUACCGAGCGGCCGAGGCGAAAGGCAUCAGCAUGGUUGGGAAUAACUGGAUCUACAAGGACAAAUACAUGGACCAAGACGGCGCCGCUGCCGCCGCCGCCUCCACCGACGACUCAUCCGACCGUCGCCCACGCACCGCCAACAAGGACCCGUCAUCGACGAAGAAGCCGCGCGACAAAUCGCGAACGCGCACAAUCUUCGGUCGUAAAAAGUCCAUUGUCGCGUCUUCUUCUUCUUCUUCGGCGGCGGACGCUGCGCCGGCCUAAUGACACACUCCUCCCUCCCAUCCUGUCUUGUCUUGUCUUGUCUUGUCUUUGUCUCUGUCUGCAGAGUUAUUUUCCCCUUUUUUUUGUUUUGGGCGGGCGGGGUUCGUUGUGAGCACGACUUUGUCCAAAUACAGCGGCGGCGGCAGGUGGCGGCAGGUGGCGGCGUCUUAAUCAUGCAUACCUUUUGUCUUGUCCUCCUCCUCCUCCUCCUCCUCCUCCUCUUCCUUUUUUCUUUGUAUUUUUUGGGUUUGGGGAGAAUGGAAUGAACCCCUCUUCGCAUUCUCACAUCUGGGAGGUUUUUUUUUUUUUU